GCGCUUCUGUCCCUCGCUCCUCGCACGCCCACAAUCGUUUGCUUGCUCUUGUUGUUGCGCGGGGCUCAAUGGGCAUGUCGCCAUAGCUCCCAGCCCCAAGCCCGACGCUCUGCUCUACUCUGCCUUGACCACCCGGCCACUCCGCCAACCAUGGACGACAAUCUCGACAUACCAGAGGAGUCGAUGCGACAUAUCGAGGCCCUGCUGGCAAAACACCCGCCCCAUCUGAUCCAGCGCAUGUUCUCACAAGCCAUCGAUUCGCGCCGCACUUCCACAGCCUCAUCUUUCAUGUCCACCAGCACCGCCAGUUCAGCUGCCACUUCUUCAUCCAGCUCAUCAUGGCGCUCCCGCUUGUCAAUGGCUUCGGCCUUUUCCUCUUCGUCCACCACCAGCAGGGCUUCCACGGCCGCCUCUUCGUCCUCGUCGCGCUCCAGGCCGAAGCGAUCAGAGCCGAAGCGACCAGAGCCCCGUUCCUACCCAGCUGGACUCGAUCCCACCCGACCCGUGCCUGCCGCCAUGCCCUCGGACACGGACAGUCCACUUGACCUCAAAAUCGAACCAAGCAGCACCCCGACAGAUGACAUCAGCGUCGCAUCACCCGUCUUGUUUGCCGAUGACGACAAGUCACAGAGCCAGUCUGGUGAAUCCUACAUGUUCUGCACCUACUGCGCCGAGCAAAAGAACACCAAGACGUUCAAGGCCAAAUCCGAUUGGAAGAAGCAUGAGAUGAGGAUGCACGAAACCGGCCAAGACUGGCCGUGUGUUGUCAACGGCUGCAGCCGCAUCUUUGACCGCCAGAAGGACUUCAUCAAGCACCACCAGCGCUACCACACCGGCCGUCCCCUGCCCUCUCUAACCGACAUCGGCAUCUCCCUGCUCCCGCGGAGAGUCUUUGGCUGUGGCUUCGACAAGUGCAAAGAGGUCAGCAUCGGGUGGGACGAGCGAUGCGAUCAUGUCGCCAAGCAUAUGAAGAACGGUGCGACUGCCGACCAGUGGAAAUACUCUAAUGUAAUACGCAACUUAAUUCGGCAAGAGGCUCUCUAUGAUACAUGGAAGGAGCUGAUAGCCUGCUUGGAUGAACGGUUACGCGAGAGCCGCUCGCAAAUCAGCUGGUGUCCCGAUAAUACGAGAAUCCUCCGGCAAAAGCUUCAGUGCUGUGACCUCCGGCCGAGUCGGGAAGAAGUCUUGAUCACCGCCUUGAGCCUACGUUCCGAUGUGCCACUGGACCCUGUGCAUCAGCAGCUACCUCCAGGCUUCGUCACGCCCUCGAGGGACUCUGUCCCGCACGUCGAGAAGCUGUCGCGCGAGCAGCGGAUGCACAUCCUCAUCGGUAACUCGAACCCGCAUGCCGCCAGGGCCCGCCUCGCAACCAUCAACGCCGCCUUGCUCCGCGCGAGCAGCUCCUUAUCUCAUGUACCCGAUCAUGACUGUGCAUCGUCCCCGUUUCUGGAACCGCAGUCGCCUGCUGGCGAUACCACAAAUCAACGUAUCAGCUACAUGGAUGUGGACCCUGGAGAUUACCUUGCCGUGGCACAACCGGCUAUUCCCGAUCUCCCACCGGCUAUGACUACAGCCACGAUGCACACACCCAAUCCACAUACCCCAAUCAUGGACCACGAUCACCAAGCUCACAUGUACUCUAACGAGUACAUUGAUCAGGCCAAGGCCACGCCUAACCCCUUGGGGGCAAUGUACCCGAACUAUUUCGGCCAACCACCCCAGUUUGAAGAAUCCCAAUACUACGACCGUCCCUCGUUCGGUCAAAUCAUUUCAAAGCCCCUUCACAAAAUCGGAAGUCGUCUGAACGGCUCUAGAAGUAGCUCCACCCAUUCCAGGUCACCUUCAAACAUGAGUCAAGCCAUGUCGGACAUGAAUACGGAUUACCCCGUUGCUGCUUUGGGCAUGCGGCAUACGCCUGAGCAGCAGCAGCAGCAGUUAUCACCCCAUCACCAAAUGCAACACCAUGUACAGCAGCAACAGACGCAGCAGCACAUGAUGCACCAACAAUCACAAGUAUAUCGUCACAUGGCACCACAAAUGCAUGAACAUUUACACAUGUAUGCGACUCACAACUAGGGGAGAAGAACAACUAACAUGCAAUGAUGGCUCAUAUGACUCAUGCUCUUUGCUUUCGCUUUCCGCUUUUUCCUCUUCUUCUCUUUCUCUGUCUCACCUUUUCUCUCACAAUCUCCUUGUGUUGGUGGUAAGCGCGCAUAUAGAUUUUCUCCGCUUCUUGUUUGUAUUCGUUAUUUUGCUUUUAUUUUACUCUACCUUUUUUGCUUUGCUUUGAUACCCCAGUGCUAAUGUUUUUUUCUCUCUUUCUUUUCUUUUUUUCUCGACUCUCCAUGAACCGAGAAAGAAGAAAAAAUCAAAAAGAAACGGAAAAUCGGAGCACGAAAUGAUAGAAUUUGGGUUGCCUCGACGCCAGAAUAUGGAUUAGUAUAGAUGUCACAUCAUGCGCAUGAAAUUGUAC